AUGAUUGGUGGUGAGAAGUUAUCAGAAGAAGGCAGUGAUCCAAUAGAAGAUCCCAAACUGUACAUGAGCCUUGUUGGUGGAUUACAAAAUGUGACUAUCACUCGACCUGAGAUAGCUUAUGCUAUAAGUAAGGUGUCACAAUUUAUGUAUAACCCUCUACAAUCCCAUUGGAAGAAUGUAACGCAAAUAUUGAGGUAUUUAAAAGGUACUUUGGAUUUUGGAAUCCAUAUUACUCAUUGCUCAUCAUUGAAUAUGGUUGGCUACUAUGAUGCUGAUUGGGCAUCAAAUCUGGAUGAUAGAAGAUCCAUCUCAGGUUGCAACCCACUAACUGUAAGGGAGACACGUCUUUGGCACUGUCAAAAUAUGGCUGCACGUUUUCCUGUGUUAGACGAUGUUGUGGGAAAUGUCAAUUGUCGAGUGUACGAACUCGACACCACUACUUGA